AUGAAGGAUGUUCCUUUAUCCCCACUUUGCGGUUCUCCUUGCCGUUGUCGAGCUUCAGGUUCAUCUCUGGCUCAGUUAGAGAGCUCACAGCUUGAGAAGCUGCUCUCUCAAAGACCCUGCCUUGGAAAAAAUGGGCUCAGGCUCAUCCUCAGCCCUAAUAAGGCCACCAUCACUGUGGACUGCACUACAGCACAGGUGCUGGAUGUGAACAAGCAAGCCUGCAAGCUCUUUGAGUACACACGCAGUGAGCUGACUGGGCGAACGCUGACCUUCCUUCUGAAGACAAGUCGGAUCUCUGAGGAUGUCUUGGGAGAAGAAAUCCUGGACUCUGCAGGCAACUUAAUCACCAUAUCAGGAAAAGUGGUAAAUGCAGUGAGUAAAGCAGGCUCAGAGUUCCCGGUGUCUGUGUGGACACGCUCACAUAAUCACAAAACCUGCGUACUGCUUCUGGAGAGAGUGGAGAGGAUAUCGGCCCACUUCUCCUUCUCUAAAGAGGGUGGAAUUCUCAGCUGUGACUCCACCUUUGCUAAUCUCCAUGGUUACUGUAAUGCUGAGGAGUUGAUGGGGCUUUCCGUCACAUCUCUGAUGCCAACGCUUCACGUUCCGCUGCAGUGUCGGACCAUACCAAAGAUAAUGCGUGUGCAGAGCGUGUGUGUGCAGGGCAGGAGUAGCGCAGAGCUCCGUGUGUGUGUGCGAUUGCGUGCCGCUGUAUCUUGCGGAGGGCCUUUGAGCCAGAUGGGCAAAUCCACCUGUGUUGAACCCAGUGAAAAUUCACGUGCAGCACUCCCUGAUGCAGGAGCAGAUGGUGCUGGUGAAGGCAUGUGCUCGCCCCUCCCAGAUGUGGUUUAUUCUGGGUCACUGUGGACUUUUGUUCCCUCCAGCAGCCUUCUGACUCUCUACCCCAAUGGCACCAUUAACAGCAUCAACAGUAUCUACUGUCCCCUGCUGAUGGGAUAUAGCAUGACUGAGCUUCUAGGCAAGAAGAUCACCUUCUUGAUUCCAGCCUUUUACGAGAUGAUGUGUGCCUUUGACAGAAGCCCCAGUCCUGUAUCUUAUCAAGAAGAUGGCUCUGCAUCCAGUUCUUCUAGUAGCCACACAGACUCCUGCAGAUCCUUUAUUGUAGGUGGGGGUGGUGUUUUAAGCCCAUCUGCUUGUGCUACCUCAGCAAUGGAGAAUCAAGACACAUGUAGUCCCAAGGCUCUACUGGCCAAAGACAGUAUGUUGUUCCCAGCCCUGAAGAGGAAAGGAGGUGCUGCAAAAGGGAAGCGAGCCUUCAUUGCAGCCAGGGCCAAGCAAGAGCAUCAGGCCCCUUCUGCCAUUACUGUUCCUGCGAUCUCCCCCAUGCCUGCAAACAAUUUGGAGGACACUACAGAGCUAUGCAAGGAGGCAGCUGCAGUAAUAGCCCAGCGUGACGAGUCCGGUUCAGCUGAUUCCACUACAUCUCUACUGCACACCUUUGCUUUGCUCGAGUCCCAGGAUUGCUCAGCCCGACUCCAGAACUCCAGCUUUGAGGUGAUCUCCCUUGGCAGUCGCUCAUCCUCGGGUUUCUGUGAAAAGUGGGCAGGCCCUGAGAAACCAGACGACACGCAACACGAAGUAGAAGUAGCAGAUUCAAGCAGCUGCUUCCUAGACCUGGAUGCUAACGGUGACGCGAUUGCAUUUGCUAUUGGAGAGCUAGAGCUAAGUGAGUGUGACACGGCUGAGCUCCUGCGCACACAAUCGCCUUGCAUUGUGGAGUCUGAGCCUGAAACCGAGCCCCCUGAACAGAAAAUUACUGAGCAGGAAUGUCUGGGUGUGUGUGUCGGUCCGUCGCUAAAACCGUUAUUACUUUUCGAGGGAAACCCAGAGCAAUGGAAUGCUGAGUUGAAAAAUUCAGAACAGUGUACUCCAUUCUCAGAGCUCUGUAAAAGUGGGAUGCUGUUAUCAAGUGACAGACCAGCAACCUCCACCCCAAAAAGGCCACUGUCCACCACUGCUAGACCACUUUCCCCUCUCGCCCUGAUACAGGAGGGCAGGUUUCGUGCCAACUGCUACCACCGAGAUGGAACGCCAAUUGAGGUGCAGUGUGACGUGUGCAGAGCUACUCUCUCUAGUGGAGGUGCUUUGUUCUGUGUGUGGCUGAGUGGGAGUCAUCUUUUCCUCCACCAGCAGGAAACGCUGCAGAGCACCCAGACCUCUAUACCAGAAUCUUCCAUUGAGGACAGCUUAGCCUCCAGCCUGCGAGAGGUGAUCAGUGAAGCAGAUUAUGGUAAGGGUCUGCGCUCCUCCAUGAGCCUGGAGCAGUCUGGAGCAUGUGAAGGACAGUUUGAGGAAGAUUAUCAUGCAUUGCAACCCAUAGGGAAGGGAGCCUUUGGCGUUGUCUGGCUCGCCUUACGACGUUGCAACGAACAGGAGGUGGUAGUGAAGUUUAUCAGGAAGAGCAGGGUGGUGGAGGAGUGUUGGGUGGAAGACCCUGAACUGGGUCGGGUCACUCAGGAAGUGGCCAUACUCGCCCGAUUGCAUCACUCCAACAUUGUCAAGGUGCUGGAGGUGUUUGAGAAUGAGAACUUCUUCCAGAUGGUAAUGGAGAAACAUGGAGAUGGCCUUGACUUGUUUGAGUUCAUUGACAUGCAGCCCAGGCUGGAUGAACCACUAGCCAGCUACAUCUUCAGGCAGUUGGUGUCAGCAGUGACUUACCUUCGUGGGAAAGGCAUAUUGCACAGGGACAUUAAAGAUGAGAAUGUCAUCAUAGACACGGAGUUUCAUAUCAGACUGAUUGAUUUUGGCUCUGCGACCCUCCUGGAGCCUGGCAAGCUCUUCCACACAUUUUGUGGCACGUUGGAGUACUGCUCACCUGAGGUGCUGCAAGGAAACCCGUAUAAAGGACCGGAACUGGAGAUGUGGUCUCUAGGAGUACUUGUGUACACCCUGCUGUUCAGUGAAAACCCUUUUUGUAGUGUGGAAGAGACCAUCCAAGCCAAACUUAACAUCCCCUGUGACAUCUCUACAGAUUUGUAUAGACUGCUGGCUGGUUUGCUGCACCGAGAGCCGUCUGAGAGAAUGACACUGGAGGAGCUCCUGCAGGAACCGUGGAUACGGCAGCCCAUUAACCUGGCAGAGUACAGCUGGACUGAAGUGUUCCCCUGCAAUCAUGACUCUUCCGAGCAAAAUCGGUACAGUCCAGAUAUGCAGCAUGAGGCCAGUGCGCAUGCUGCCACUGACGAGACUUCUCUGCAGGAGGAGGAUGAUGAUGAUGAUGAUGAUGAUGAUGAAAUAGAGGAAGAUGAGGAUAAAGAGCAAAGGAGAACUAUGGCAGCGCUGGAGUUUGAACUCCUUAAGUAUCUAAUUGAAGACUGAGGAAGCUUUUGAACAGAGACCUGCAAUGGGAAACGGUUCAAAUAAGAAAGAGAGAGGUGGAAAAAAUAACUGCUGCUACUCUUUCCAAUUGUUUUUGAUGUUGUGUUUGAAGACUUUGAUUAACCGUCAGUCAGGUUCCAUGAUGUCCUGCAUGAACACCAACCUUCAAAAUACACCUGUCUUUGUUUCAACACUAAAUUAUGUUUGAGAUGACUGGCAUAGAAGGCAGAGAGAGGGCUAGCCCAUGUUGCAAAAAAAACAAACAAAAAAACAACCAUUGCUGUAUUUGGCACUGGUGAUGUAAAUCACAAAUUAAACGGGCAGUGUCUAAAUUGUUGCACUCUUUGUUUCAGAACACUGUUUAUCCGUUGGAAAAUGAAGUAAAAGUAUGGAGUACUGUAAAAGCAAUCAAGAGUGCUGUGCCUAUUUUAAAUUAUGUAGAUGUAUGGUUGCAUGCAUUGAUCACUUAAGGAACAGCCUUGAAAUGCUACGUUUAAAAGAAGCAAUUAUAAAC